UCUCUUCUUCUUCUCUUUUCCUCUUCGCUACAUAUCUAUCUCUCUUCCUUCCUCAACCUCUCUCUCUCUCUCUCUCAAACCCAGUCUAUAGCAGUUGAGCAUCCAAAUCUUUUUUUUUCUUUAACAAUGGAUCCGUGCUCUUUCGUACGGAUCAUAGUCGGAAACUUGGCCGUUAGGUUUCCCUCAUCAUCUUCAUCUUCUUCUUCUUCUUCUUCGUCCUCAGGACCGUCUGUAUCUGGAAUCAAUCCAUCGUUUCCCAACUGUUACUGCAAAAUCAGAUUCAAGAAUUUCCCACGGGAGAUUGUUUCUAUUCCGGUUAUGUUCCGAACUGAAUCUUCUGAUUCCGAGACUCGUUCCUCCUCCUCUUCAACAGUCGCCGCUUGUUUCAGUCUUAGCAAAUCUCAGAUCGAAGCUUCUUUGAAGAAACCUAAGUGGAGCGUUCUCUCCGUUGAAGCUUUUUCCAGAGGAUACACCGACGACGGUGUUACCGGCGCGUCUUGUGGACUCGCUACUGCUGGGGAGAAGUUGCUCGGUAGGUUCGAGGUCUCGCUUGAUUUGAAAUCUGCCGAGACGAAGACUUGUUUGGCUCACAACGGUUGGGUUCCUUUGGGUUCUAAGAAAGGAGGAAGUAAAUCUAAUAAAAGUAAAACCGGAUCCGAUCCGGAGCUCCAUGUUACCGUUCGGGUUGAACCUGACCCGAGAUUCGUCUUCCAGUUCGACGGCGAGCCUGAGUGUAGUCCUCAGGUGUUUCAAGUUCAAGGAAACACUAAACAAGCUGUCUUCACUUGCAAGUUCGGCUCCAGAAACUCAAACUCCGGUGAUCGGAAUCUUCUUCACAGUUCUUCAAUGAUGUCUGAGUUAAUCUCAACGAGAAGUCUUAUAUCGUCGAUGAAAUCGGAAAAGGAGCAACCGUCAAAAGAGAGAAAAGGAUGGUCCGUAACGGUUCAUGAUUUAUCUGGUUCACCCGUGGCUAUGGCCUCAAUGGUCACACCUUUUGUACCAUCUCCUGGUUCGAACCGUGUGACUCGAUCUAGUCCCGGAGCUUGGCUCAUUCUUAGACCCGACGGUUGCACGUGGAAGCCGUGGGGAAGGUUAGAGGCAUGGCGUGAAGCUGGUUACUCUGAUACAUUAGGUUACCGUUUUGACCUUUUCCAAGACGGUAUCGCCACCGCCGUGUCGGCAUCUUCGUCUAUCAGUUUGAAAAAUGGCGGGAGUUUUGUAAUAGACGUCACCGGUNAUUAUCUUAGGACCACCAAAUUAGUAGAGAAACAAGAGUAUGAUUUUGCAUUUGUGGAUGCUGACAAGACGAACUACGUUCACUUCCUUGAGAAGUUGCUUAAGUUAGUGAAGGUUGGAGGAAUCAUUGCGUUCGACAACACCUUGUGGUUCGGUACUCUAAUUCAGAAGGAAGAAGAAGUUCCAGGCCAUAUGAGGGCUUAUAGAGAAGCACUUCUAGAGUUCAAUAAGAUUUUAGCUCAAGACCCUCGAGUCGAAAUCGCUCAAAUAUCUAUCGGAGAUGGUCUCACACUAUGCAGACGCCUCAUAUGA